AUGCUAGUUUCCAAGGCGUCAGGCCUCAGCCUUUUACUGAAUAUGGGCAGCUUUUUAUUCCAAGUCUUCUGCACAUCUUCGCAGGACUUUAAGCUGAAGCUCCGGGGAAUUCAUCUGACGCUGGUCGGCUCCGUGUCAGGCAACAUCGUGCUGACCCUCUUUUGGUCACGACUCUCCCGGUCCGGUUACCUGAUUGGCUGUUUUGGCAGCGCAGUCGCCGCCAUGGCCGCCUGGCUAGGCACGGAGUCCGCACUUUACGAAAGCGAUUCUGAGGAAUCACGUGAGUGACAAAUGAGAUACUUUUUUGCCUUAUUCUAGUCGUUCUUGCGUGUUAGAUGCUGGAUGACCUAUGGAGCAAGGGAGGGGACCCAUUUUCGGGCAGAUUUCAAAUUCCCCCCACUGGAGUUUCUUUCUGGAAGGGUGAUUUGGGCUGUUCAGAUUGGUAAAGUGGACAGUUCCAGGUUGAUUAUUUGAAGAAGAUGUGCUCACCGGAACAGGUUUAUUUAGAUGCUGACGUUUCGAAGAGCUUGGUCGGCUCUCCAUUGUCAAAGCGUAAAAUGCACUUAAUCGAUCAGAAAUUUCAAUUGGCGCGUUGUGUAGGUCGGCCUCAUGCUGAUCGAUUUUUCUCCCCUCUCGCUGCCUCGACCUCUCGGGCGAUGGUUGAGGGGUGUUUGGUCUGCGUGCUUUGUGAGUCACUGCUUCGUCGGGUGGUCGGUCUGCUGGUUCUUCCUCGCCGAGUAGAUUCGCCGUCGGUCUGUCUUUGUAUGACCUUAUUAAAUCCAGUGUGGUUACUUGGUCCUGAGCUCGCCUACAAGAGCCCAAAUCGGCAACUCGGAGGUUAGACCCUAACUGUCAACUAUUAACACACGUUGAAGAAACUGGGCGUAAUUUCGAUCGUCAGAGAACUACCAUUUUAGGCCGGGGCAACACAAAAGCAGAAUGGUAAACCCUUGAGGCGGAAUUCUUCGAAGCCCACUCCAUCAACAGGCAUCUGGACCUUCCUGCAGUUUACAAAGUCCUACGUCAUCACAAUCGUAGAGCUCAGGACCAAAAAACCACACCGGACUUAAAAAGGCCAUACGGAGACAGCCCGACGGCGAGUGUAUUCGGUGAGGAAGAACAAGAACCGCCAGACCGACCGCCAGACAAAGGUUCAAUCACCUCCCCUCGACGGAGUGGUGACUCAAAAAGCACGCAGAUAAAACACCCGUGAAACAUCCCCCGAGAGGCCGAGACAGCGAGAGGAGAGAAAAAUCGAUAAGCAUGAGGCCGACCAACACAACAUGCCACUCGAAAUUUCUAGUCGAUUAAGUGCAUGUUACGCUUUGACAAUGGAGGUCCGACCAAGCUCUUUGAAGCGUCGGCAUCCAAACAAACCUGUUCCGGUGAGUCCAUCUUCUUCUUCUUCUUCUUCUUCUUCUUCUUCUUCUUCUUUUUCAAAUUAUUUGGUCUGCAAAACUUCUCCAAAGUAGUUCGGACGUCUCCGAGAGACCACAGCCGCGAAAUCACAUGUUAGUUACUUAAUGGGACUCAAGUGGAGGAAUUAAAAAAUAGUCCUAUAGUCCGAAUGAGAACGCCUACGAAGCAAGUGAUUACCCUCUCAUCAAAAUCCUCAUUUGGAGUGGUCGUUGCGACAGAGGACGUUGUCAAGGCUAACACCCACACACACACACACACGACAGUUCGACCAUCGAUUUCGACUAUGUCCACCGUGUGCUCCACAGACUGCAUUGUGGAGCAGGGACGGUGACUUACGCAGGGGCUUAUAGUGCCAGUAGACUUGCGUAGCAUCUACCUACACUCUCUCCACCUCUCCCGCCUGAGCCCGGUGUCAAGACCAAGUCAAGAAGACCGGCGACGGGGGAGGCCGCAGGUGGAUGGCUCGGACGGAUCCUCACCUUUGUGUUCCACCACACCCCCUGGUCCACACAACAAUAACCAGGAUUUCAACCAACACAACAGAGAUUUGGGGGCUGGCACGGCCGAAGCCGCACCUAGGCGUGCCGCCGACGCCUGGCUCGGAUCCCACACUGUGGUGGGAGUGCCAUAAAGGCCACAUUAAAAAGGAGCCAUUGCAGCCUGACUGUCAGACAGCCUCCCGUGAAAGAGGAGGUCCAAGGUACCCCGUCAGUUGGCAACCUUCCAAGCCACGGCUUUUAGCGCACCGUGAUAGCUUCAAGCGCGUCAGAUUGAUUAUAGUGAGGAAAAUGCGCUGAGUCGUCGACCUCACUGUCCCUUCCCAUCCCACACCCCAGCCACUGUCCGAGCCGGUCAGCAGACUGGAGUGGGAAAUGGGCGCGCUGGUUGGCACGGUCGACUGACCAUGACUGCGCGCGCCACGUGCACGACCUGGCCCCCAUACACACACAAACACCAGGAUUUCACACAACGGGGGUUGAACGGCGUGUCUCUCUCUCUCUCUCUCUCUCACACACACACACACCGAGGUAGCAAAGCACUGGAAUUAGAUCCUGGCUAAGGCCAAUCUGAAUGGAGUCGUUAACACGUCACAAUGCUCAUCCAUGCGAAAGGGAAGAAGAAAUAGUAGGUGGGCAUAAAGGCAUAAGAAGAAAAGAUUGAAACUGGGGGAUGCAUAUAAUAGUGGUCACUUGUACAAACGAGAUUAGUUGCAGCAAGAAAAUUACCUGUCUGGAUGGCGAGUUGACGCUGACAUGCCUACUGAACAACCGGCGGUGAACUCAGGGGGGGGGGGUCGAGGAGGUCGCCGCCGUAAAGAAAGAGAGAAAAGUGAACCAUAGAUUUUUUGGCAGAUUUCUGAAUAAUUCGUAUUGACCCAACUGUGAAACACUCGGCGCCCGGUGAAAUACGAACCCACACAGUAAAAGAAAGGCUUCAGUACAGACAACGCUCUACCCACUUAAGCUACGAGGCCCCGCCAGACGGCGCGAUUUUAAUCAUAUUUGGGUCAAGUUACUCGCCCAACCUACUGCUACGUCUGGAAUCCAUCAAAUAUGAUACAGUAGGUUGACUGCCCAAGCAGGAUUUCCUAAGUAAUUCACCUAGAAUCCACCAGAUGACUACCAAGCUCACGAAAUUCAUAGAUGCUUUGGCAGAUUUUUGAAUAAUUCAUAUUGACCCAAUUGUGAAAAACUCGGCGCCUCGGUGGGAUUAAACUCGCGUCGUCCGGCGGUGCCUCGUAGCUCAAGUUUUUAGAGCGUUGGCUGUACAAAAAGCCCUUUCCUUACUGCGCGGGUUCGAAUCCCACUAAGGCGCCGAGUUUUCCACAAUUGCGUCAAUAUGAAUAUGAAGAAAAGUUAACGUUACGAUGAGUUUUGGGAAGGAGGUCGGCGGUAGAGGAAGGGAAGGCAUUGGGCAUUUUCACCAACGCGUAGCUAAAUCUUCACCAUCCUAGGUUCGCGCAGGAAGUGACGCCUCAUUUAAACAACUCUAAACAGUUAGUGGGGCGUUACAUGGCUACUUAAACAACCAGUGCGAUGACCUCUACAGAGCCCACUGACCUUGAGCAAUCGGAGGACGAAGAUGAACUGUUUUUAGAUCGGUGUGUGUAUUUAGCCCCGGUGGCCGGGUAGCCCGAGUAAAUGUACUGAACCAACAGAGGGACAGAUAGGGUUCCGGAAAUCGUAAGUGGUGAUGGGCACUCUUAACAAAUGACAAUAUCGGGGGGGGGGUGGUGGGACGCCCAGGUGCAGGCUCCCGCCAAGCCAACUGGUAUCCGAGUCAACCUCUUUUUUCUUGGCCAGCUUACUGUAUGGACCAGAGAGUGUGGUGGUACUCCUAAGUGCGGGUUUUCGUCGCGCCAGCCACCUGCGCCCUCCCCCCCACCUCCAUUCUUCUCGGCUUUGUCAUGCCAGGUUUGGGAGGAGGCAAGACUGCCUAGAUGCCGCGUAAGUCCGCUAUCAUCACAAAAGAAAUCACGCUCAAGUCACUGUCCCCGUUCUCACCCUACUCUAGAGUACACGCGGGGCAUCGACGGUUACAACAGUCGAACUGUGGCGUGUGAAGUGGCUGACUGGUGGCCCGUGAGUCAGACUUCAAUGGCUCUUUCUCCAUGGGACCUAUAUGACGCUCCCACUGAGCUGACAUUCAACACUUUUCUCUGAAAAUCUGGUCAAUUGUAAUUGGACCAGAGGAUGCGUGUCGCUCGUAGAUGGGCCGUUUAGGUCUGUCAGUCGCCGCUACCGUGGAGUGGAGGGAGGAGAGAGUGUGAUAAAUGCUCCGCAGGUCUGCACAAUUUACCGUUUUGCCCCACCACGCUGAGGUGGACACGGUGGACAUCGUCACCCGCGACGGUCGAACUGACACACAGUAGAUGUGCUAACUCAUGAAAUGUCAACCAAAAUUUCGAAAUGCGUUCUCGUUUCGAAAAGAUAAAUUAAGUGGUGUUGUAAAAUUAAUCAUCGUGCAGCAUAAAUCUAUAAUGGUCCAGUUACCUCAGGGUGUCGGCUUUCAAAAGAACUUAUUUUCGGCUGAAUGCAAGAUCUAUACUCUGUAAAAAAUGACUGCUUAUGUGGCAUACAUUUUUCUCAUUGCUUUUCGAUGCCCUUAAAAAUUCAAUUAUAUUUCAUGGAAAACAUGCAUAUAAAUAUUCAUUCUUUUAUUUAUUCAGUAGAAAAUCACGUCUUCUUCCAAUUUCAUACUCAAAAGAAGAGUGCAAUUCGGUUCAUGAAACGUCAUGUAUCUGCAUUUACGAACGUGGCUUGUAAAGUCAACAAUAUUGCUCAAAUCCACUGCUUAAUUUUAUGAACCUCAUAUGGUCUCCUCUUAACACCGUAGAGAAAUGCAUGGUCUUCCGUACACGGAAAAUAUACAGCUUGAAGUUUUGAAACCCUGAAUGCAAGUGUAACAGCAGGUCGGGUUCAAAAUUAUUCGGGAAUUAGAAAAGUUUUUUAAAACCGAAUUAUACUCCUCUUCUGAGUAUGCAAUUGGAAGAAGACGUGAUUUUCUACUGAAUAAGUAAAAGAAUGAAUAUUUUUAUGCAUGUUUUCCAUGAAAUAUAAUUGAAUUUUCAAGAGCAUCGAAAACCAAUUAGAAAGUUGCAUGCUACUUAAGUAGUCAUUUUUUGCAAAGUAUAGAUCUUGCAUGCAGCCGAAAAUACGUUCUUUCGAAAGCCGACACCCGGAGGUAACUGGAUCAUUAUAGAUUUAUGCUGCAUCAUGAAUAGUUUUACAACACUACUUAAUUUAUCUUUUCGAAACGAGAACGCAUUUCGAAAUUUUGGUUAACAUUUCAUGAGUUAGCACAUCUACUGUAUAUAUUCACCCAUCGCGGUUCGAACUAUUGGUGGGUCAGCUGAAUAUAUGAAAAGGUGCUUUGAUGCAAUGAAAACGGCGCUCCCAACAGUUGACUAGUAUUGCCAUCUUACAGGGAAUUCAAUUCAAGAAUUGGUUAAGGCCACAGUGUACUUCAUUCAACCACCGUCAGUAAUAGACCCCAGUUGCCGUUCAACGGUCAAAUUUACGAGCAAAUCCAGGGAGUCCCAAUGGGGUCCCCAAUCUCCGACUACCUGGCUGAGGCGGUCUUGCAGGAACUGGAAACUCGGGUCUUCCAGACCUACAAGCCGAAAUUUUGGAUGCGCUACGUAGACGACACCUUUGUCAUUCUACACCGAGACGCGAAAGAGAACUUUAAAAAGGAAUUGGACUCGGUUAUUCCAUAAAUCCAAUUUACCAUGGAGAAAGCAAAUAACGAAGGGCACCCUUUCCUCGACGUCCAGUCAUCGAGGCAGGAAAACGGAACCCUCCAGACUGGUGUACUUCGAAAGGCGACAGACACGGAUAAAAUUCCUCAUUACAACAGCAACCAUCCCCUGUCGCAUAAGCGCCGUUGUGUCCGGACACUUUUUCGCCGCAUCCACACACACACACUGCAGCACAGGUUAGACGACUUUUCCUCGGAGGUCGGCCAGGAAUUGUGUCACUUUAUUCGGAUAAGUACAAAAAGGUUUUCCCAUAGGACCAAGACCGGGACUGUUGUCAGGAAUAAAAAUAACUUGGAUUAAAUUGUGUUUUUAUGUGUUUUUUUAUUUUCAAACUCGUUCUCAGUAAAAAAUCUGCCCAUCUUCGCGGCUGCGGUGACUGCCUUCUGUUGUGGUUUUCUCCUACCCAUGCUAUGGUCCGGCUGUCGGUCAAGCCAACUCUCCGAGGACGAGGAGAGAGUGGUGUGGCUACGUAUGCAGGAUGUGGACUGUCCACUCACUCCCUGGCCAGAGAUCUAUUCCCAGUAAGUCGCCAUUGCUGCCAGGGGUACUCAUUCACAUUAUAAGUCGCAGCUAGUUGAAAAACUGAAGUGUUUUCUUGGCAUCUGCCAUGUCUUUCUCGGUGACCUUGACCUUACAAACGUCGAAGAUGUGACCGCGUCCCACCGUAUGAACUGUGACUUAGGAAGUUAAGUGAUUUCUUGACGCGACGGUUGCAUGUUCGGUCAUCCGAGUCUCGAGUAAUCUGUCGCUUUCUCUGUGCAGUUGUUUGCCCGCGGAUAUCCAAACAAUCGCCAAAUCAAGUACGACAAUCGGCGAUGAGUGCGGGAGCUUAUGGUUGCAUUGCAAUCGCAUCCUGUAUUCACUGAACACCCUGUGCCUUCAUCACUCCCAUCUGUAGCUGCCCCUGAUGGUGGGUUGGAGCAAGAUGCCGAAAUGUCAUAAGAAAAAUAAUCUUUCCAGCGAUUCCAUCUUCUUUCACACUAUUCCCUGGAAUUCGCCCCUUCGAUUUUAUCUGGAUGUAAACUCUUAACGGUGAAUAGGCGGGGUGGGGGUGAUUGUGUAAGGUAAUUAACAAGUGACUUGAGAAACAUGACCCAGGUAGCCCGAGGCCCACACAAUUGUCGCCUUGAAAGUGUGACCGGUCCCCAUCGAAUGGGUCACGAACUGAGGACUCCGGUCAUUUUUUCCAUUGCUGCAGUGUGUUCGGUCAUGAGUUCGCUUUCUGGCCUGUGAUCUACGCCAGGUGAGCCACUGAGUUUAGUAGGUUGCAAUCAAAAUGGGAAAAAAUCGCCUGUAUCGGUGUUAGAUUUUUUGAAAGUAGCAAUAAAAAUUGGUGUCAUUUAGAAUAGAUUUUCACUUGCAAACGAACGUGCGAGUAAGAAAUGUCGGAUAAAUAAACAAUUGGUCCCAACGACCGCAUCCCCGUUUUAUUCUAGUCAGUUGCCUUGGCCGAGCAUAUCUUCUAUCAUUCAGAACACUUGUUUUGCCGGUAUGUAUAUACACGCGGGACAUUUCCGAAGCGAACGCCCGGCAACUAAACCGGUUUGGCAUUUCCAUUGCUCACACGCCUGCGUCCUCCAUACGCACAGCAUUAUCCUUACAAAAAGACUUCAUACACAAGAAACUUCCGUCGAGGUCUUUAAGAAGAAACUGGAUUUGUAUAGCAGUGCCCACUAAAUUACCACCCGACAUCUGUAAUCUUGACAUAUACUGUUGUUAUAAUACUGCUUGCUAUAUUUCAGUAACAUUUUAAAAGUCAAUUUCUUAUUGUCUUCAAACCAUCGCCUACGUUUUAUAGCAUGCACCUAUGCUACUUUUGUCACCCUGCACUCGAAACGACCACUGUACUACUUCUCGUACCACUAACACUCGAGACAGUUAGUUUAGCGGUACAAAGUUGACGCUUUUCCGAUUAUUUGUUACCUUUAUGAUACCUUUUCCGGUUUUUGAGAUUUUUCAGUUGCUUGUAAACAAAGGGAGUUCAAAGGUGAAGCCUAAAUUUCCCUCAAUAAAACUGGACUGAAACUAAUGUCGUCUACCGCAUUCCGUGUGCUAACUGCUCUUGCAAUUAUGCUGGUCAUACAGGUCGACGAUUUAGGACGCACAUAAACGAACAUAAUCUAGCCAUCUGUUGACACGAAGCCUUUGGCACCAGUGUAUGCGCACGCCCUGGAGUAAGACUAUGGCUUCAAUUGGGAAGGUAUCGAAGUUGUUUCCAUCCCUAACACCAAACAGGUGCCAGAAUUCCUAGAAGUCUGACACUACCGCGGCCAGCAUCAAUCACCAUGUCGAUCUAGACGCUCAUUACGAAGGUCUGCGUACCUGGCUCACUGACUUGCGCCUACGACCUAAUAACGGUCGUUAAUCUAUACUGGGUCAUGAAGAACCUAACUUUUUCGCCACCUCCUCCUCUUCCUCCUCCAGACACAGCGAACCUCAACUGCAAUCCCUAACACCUCCAACAUUAGCGCACUGACCUCUGCCCUCAUGCCCGAUCAACUACCACCAAGUCCACUGUCUGCAGUCCCAUUGAAUUGCCAUCCCCCUACCUUCCAAUCUAAGGAGUCGCAACUAUUCCCUCUUCCCUAUUCAGCUCAAGAUCCUAGCUUACUUAUGUGCCAACCCCUUUCGCACACUAAUUGCUUGCCUGUCGGUGGCUGUCCUUUAGCCCCAACCAGUUUAGUCUGGUAAUUUCACUUCCUCCUCUGUUUAUUUCGUCUCGAAAAUUCGGGAGUACAACUCGACUUUUUCCGACGAGCCUUCUACCUUCAACACAUAUACAAAUUCCCGAAUUUUUAAAAUAAGUUAUAUUCUCUGAAGCCAAAAUAACCUUUAUUGUGUGGGUUUUCGAGACUGGUUUCCCAACUCAUCGUCAGACUUACGGAUUAUGUACAAAAACUGUAGAAUUUUUGGUAAAUUGAGUCACGCGUAUAAACCAAAACAGAUUUCGGUGUAUAUACGUGUGACUCAAUUUACCAAGAAUUCUACAGUAAUCAGAAGACGAGGUGGCGAACAUACGUAGCUUUCGAUAAAUUCUCGUCGAGCCAGUACAGUUAUAUAGGAACGGGGUAGAAGUAAAACAUGUCAGCGAUAAGAGAAAUCGAUAAAGGUUCUCCUUAAAACACAGGCGGGGUGUGGAACUGUGGGGGAGGGGGGGAGUAGGGGAGAGGGGGUAAUAGUAGCCUGAUCUAACGGAUUAUUGAAAUGACUAUAAAUAUACUACUAACAUGAUUUCAACAGAUCCUAUUUUUUGCGUCAAACUUAGCCCAUAUUGAAAUUUUCACAGUCCGAAUGCGGUGAACAAAGUUUUUCGCAAUUAUUUUGCGAAUAUAAUACCCCUUUCACCUUUAUGUUACAUUGUUAGAUUUAUGAAUUCUCCCUACCAAAACUGCAAGCAAACGCUUUGCAAUUUAACUAUUUUACUUUAUACCUGUACCCUCUAAAUGGAGUUUUCAUGGCUUCUGUCGUUUACUCCAAAUAUACUGACUGAUACUGACUGAUAGUCACUGUCAGGGGUGAGGUGAGAGCGAAAGUUCGCGGGGGGGAGUCGCACCGUUAGUCAACCUUCGACCACUGCAGGCGCGGAGCCUGAACGUGGUUCGUCUGUGCGCAUAAGUUUGGCUUUCGUAACCUAAUGGCGGCCGCUUCCGCUUUCGCUAAUAGGCGCUGGCCUAGUAGCUUAGGGUAGCUCGGUGGGACCUUAUAAAUCACAAGAAAAGCUUCGGUGGGGUCCACACGAUGUCCGGAAUCGACAACAUGCGCGAGAAUGGCGCUGCUUAUACUCCUCGUUUCGCCUUUUCCCAGUCAUGCCGAGAGGUGUUCGCGUAUUCUCUUGGAUAAGCGCCUACUCGUGCGACCAAUAUAACCCGCUCCACAGGAGCAAGUGAAGGAAUAUAUGCACAUUGAGGUGGUCUGCGGUGGAAACUUAUCCUUACCUUCGCGUAAAAUAGGGUUAGUAGAGAAUGAUACUUGAAUCCUUGCUGCUGAGAAGGUUCGCGAGACAGCUUGAUCAACGUGUCUCCUUAGGAGUUCACUCGUCGCGUCCCCUUGGAAAGGGACUUUGAGGAACAAAGUUUUCUUUUCAGCGGUCGGUGUGGCGAGUUUGGUUGGUCUUUUGGCAAUGUUUUUUGCAAUGAACCUGUCAGGAUACCCGUUUUCUCGAAGGAAGUCCUGAACUUUUCUGAGCUCUUCCUCGAUGCUAUCUGUCGAGCAAAUUUUUCUAGCUCUUUGUGCCAAACAUCGGACUAGAUUUCGUGUUUGCUGGAGGGGUACGAAACUGGCAAAGUUCGUGUAUUGUCCAGACCAGGUUUUCUUCCGAUAGACGCUUCUUCGGACAUUGCCGUCAGGUCUCCUGCUUAGAAGAACAUCUAAGAAAGGGAGCGAACCGGCCGUUUCGAUCUCCAGCGUGAAUUUGAUCGACGGAUGUGCCUGAUUUGCCGCAUCUAAGAGGGUAGCUACGACAGUUUCUGCAGUGGCAAUUGUAAAGAUAUCAUCAACAUAGCGACCGUAAUGUUUAAGCUUAUCGAUUUGAUCGCUUAGUUGGAAUCUCUCUAAUUUGACCAUGAAGACAUCUGCUAGGAGAGGUCCAAGGGAUGAGACCAUGGCAACGCCGUCUACUUGUCUAUAGAUUUGGUUGUCGAACAGGAACUGCACAUUUAAUGCGCAUUUUAAUAAUAGUUCCUUGAGUUUCUUCGUCGGAAUUCCUAUUUCCUGCUGACUGGCAGAUAGAAAAUCACAGAUUUAACCAACUGUCUCGGUGACCGAAACGUUUGUAAAAAGUGAUAAGACGUCUAGCGAGAACAUUACCAUGCCGUUGACUUUAAGGUCUUUGAUGUCGUCAAUGAAUUCAAAGGUAUCUCGGUAGCUCCGUGCUGUUAGCUGACGCUGUAGGGGCUUGAGUUUCUCCACUAGCCACUUUGCUAUCGCAUGAUACGGACAGUUUCGCAUGUCAAAGAUCGGACGGACUGGCAGGCCUUCCUUAUGGAUCUUAGGUAGACCAUAUAGUCGAGAGAUAUGUGUGCCGACUGGUCGGAGGUGUUCGAGGUCACGGUCGCUUGUGUGACCCCCUGUGUGGAGCCUUCUUAGAAAGUCAGUCAGUUUCGUCUCUAUUUCUUCCGUGCAAUCAUUUUCUUUGUCUACCUUCCUGAAUUUCUUCUGGUCUGAUAAUACGGAUUGUAUCUUUGCUACGUAGUCCGAUCUGUUCAUUAUAACGACGCCUGUUCCUCUGUCCGAUCUAUUUACCAAGAUAUCUUUGUUCUUUCGAAGUUCAUUUAAUUUUUUCACAUGUGCUUUUGUCAGCAAUCCCCGACUUUUUGGCCCCUUGUUCAGGUACUGAUAACUGCAAUUCACCAAUGUUGAUUUAAAGUGUUGGAUACUGUCUGUGAAAGUGGGAACUAGGUCAUAGGUUUGGUUCCAUAGGUUCUCGAACUGAGUUUCCAAUUCUAACAGAUUAACUUUUCGACGAGGUAUGCAAAACUUAGGACCAAGGGAUAAUGCGUCAAGUGACGUUUUAUCAAGUUUCAUAUUAGGGUGGUUGUGUACGUACCGACUUGGAUCUCUUGGAUCUUUCUACAGUACCCAACAAUGGAUACCUAGACAAAGAAUUUCUUUGUUACUGUUCUAGCAAAUCGAAUUUGCAGCUCAAGGUAAGAGUACAAAUUUAGUUAAGUAAAAGAACGCCGACCACGUUCUAAAGAGGGUUACAAAAAGUGGAAAGAGGAAUGUCAAGAGGGACCAAAUGUGGAAGCACUUAGGAGGAGGACAUGGAGAAUUCCAAGCGGUGACCAGCUGGAUCCAUAAAAACAGUUAAUGCUUUAAUCAUGUUGGACAAAUUAUUCUGCGGUUGUCUAAAGCCCGUGCUAAGGUGCGCCAAUUACAAUCCGUCAUCCCUUCGACAUUGGCUACGCUCGCUACCAUUUGUCCUUGAGAAAUUUUUACACAGCAUCUUAGUCGACGUGCCGAUUGACGCAUGCAUUUCUUCCACGAAUUCACGGCAGGUUCAGGCAACGAGUCGACGCCUGGCAGCUGUGACAAUGAGCUCAAACUAGCUGUCUGUCGCCGAGACACCCUGCCCAUCGUCUUCGCACUUGUGUGCAACCACCGAUUCGCUUGGUACUCCAACUGAUCCUAAACAUCUCGGGCACGAGGUUCCGACAAAGUGCUUAACACACUUCACACUCACGACUAGAAUUGGCAAUUUAAACGUAGUAGUUUAAUAUUUUGCAGCACAACUUCCUUAUUUCACCCAUAUCAAGUUAAUAUUAGUAUACCAGCGUGGUGGGUGAUUCUAGUAACCAUUGUCCUUCGUGAUAUACUCCACAUAAGUUGCCUUCUAUCUAUUUAUAAGUAACAGUAAUUAAGGAACUUAUUUUAUUGCCUUGUCCCAGCCUUCUUGACAUGCAGUUCUCAACGCGACUGAGUGAAGGCCGGCCCUCGCUAGCGGAGGUCCGGAGGGCAUUAAAAAGUGCCAGGAGAGCAACCAUUGCCUGCUUCAUUGGCUGCAUGCUCUGGUGUUUCUUGACCUGGCCGCUGCUUUCCUUCAUCUCGGAAACUCUCACAUACGACCAGUUUUUUCUCUGGGUACGUAUACUCCAGCAUUUCCUCAGCUUUUUCCUCGGAGCGAAGACAACUCAGAGGCACGAAUUUUUUUUUAAAUGUUUAAAAUCCCGCUACUGCCUCCUUGUCUACUUGCUCAUUUAUUGCAGUUCUAAGAUGCGACUGUCUUUGCUACGUACAGCAGUCGGGGUAAUAUUGCUGACAAAGAAAAGGGAGACUGGAGUGGUCAUUUCUGACUUAUUAGCCGUCUUCAGCCAGUCAAACCCAGCCCCAACGCGUGGAACACCCGAAGUUGGAUCCCGAGACCUCUUGGUUAGAAGUUCAACGCCUCUAAUUACUGAGUCACGGGCUUUUUGUCCUGUCGGUUGCGACUGGAAACAUACAAUGGUAGAGGGGACGCUCACUGUAUACCACGGAACUCGCUCGUCCCGUUGUGCCUUACGGGCUCUCUCUCUCGAGCACAAGCAGCAGCAUCACAGGUGCGCGUAAUAAAGGCAGAGUAAUAUUACCCUUGGGCUUGACUGGCUGGCGACGGCUAUUAGGCCAGAAAUGGCUAUUCCAGUCUCCCUUGUCUUUGUCGACAAUAACAUACACGUAAGUUCGCCGCGGGGAAAGCGCUAGUGAUCGCUGUCUUCAGACGUCUUCUUACUAGGUCACUUGCUGCGUCCCCUUGAAAAGACAGUCUUAUAAAUAAGUCUUUCUUUUCUACAGUUACCAUGGUAGGCUUUGCAGUGCGCUCCCCUAUAUUUCGGAGGCUGAAUCUUUCUGGGUAUCCGUUUUCCUGGAGUAUAUCCCACAGCUGCUGGAGUUCUGCCUCAACAGUCUCAGAAGAGCAGAUACGUCACACUCUAGCUGCCAAUCCCUGGACCAAAUUGCGUUUAAUAUUUAAAGGAACAAAACUGUGAAAAUUCAUGCAUUGUCCCGUCCUGGUUUUCUUUCGGAAUACCCUACGGUGGAUAGAUCCAUCCUCAUGUCUGUGAAGAAGAACAUUGAGGAACGAAAGAAAAUAAAAACAGACUGCUUCAGUUUCACUCAGUUUCUUUGUUAAAAUAUCUCAUCAGUGAUCGUUUUUUGCCAUGUUCCCAUCCGUGGUUAAGACCCACGACAUUACGUCUGUGUUCAUCUCUCUAAUCAGGCGUGGCUGGUGAAAGCCACUCCUAUGGGACUUAGCUGACACCGUUGUGUCGAUCGGAAAAUGCUUAUCCAAACGGCAGAAUUUUGCGUUAGUAAGUUAGUUAGUUAGCUGCAUAGACUGAAAAAUAAAUUUCUCACGAGGAUGUCCAUUUAGAAAGCCGGAAUUUAUCUCAUUUUGUCGAUUUUAUUUGGUGAUGAUGAUAGGUCAUACCUUUGAAAACCCCAUUGUACACAACUAGUGCGUUACUUUGUCACUGGUAUUCUUUUAAAAGUCACUAUUAAAAUAGUACUCACUAAAUGUUAGUAACAUUAAUUUUAAAGGAACUCUGUACGGCACUGAUGUGGUAUUUUGUCCGGGUUCAGAUAGUCGAGGAAAAAAGGGACAUCUCUAAUUAUCCAGGCGUUUCUUGAAGACCUGGAGGGACUCACCUCUAAGAUUAAUUGAGGUAGAUCAUUCCGUUGUUUUACUACCUGUUGUAUGAAGACAUCAGAACGGCGAUUCAGUCUGGACAUUUUCGUGCGCAGCUACGUAGAUUGUCCAAAAAGAUGAGGCGAGAGGUGCUACUGAAACAUGUCCUCACAGUGCACUCCUUGCCCAAGGCCGUGUAUUAUCUUGUAAACUAAGAUAGUAUCACCUCCUUCUUGCCUGUAAUACAGAGGGAAUAGACUAAGGCAUUCCAGUCUCUCUAUAUAUGGAUUGUAUUUUAGACCUCUGAGUAGGUUUUUUUGUUGUCGCCACGCUUGUAUGCCAUAUUCCAGCUGAAGUCAAAAGAAGAUGUUAUGAACUUUUCCAAAGAGAUUUUUUUAUAGCGCGCAGUACUCCUACGAAGUUUUCUGCAACAUUGACGCAUCGAAAUGAUGGCUUCAGAUUGCCCUGUACCCAAACACCGAGGUCCGUCUACGAAGAUUCUGGGGGAAUUUGAGUGCCUUUCAGAUAAUAUGCCCCAAUGUUGUCGAAGAUGGAGGACGGCAGCUUUUACACAUUGAAUUUCAGGAGACAUCUCUAGGACCACGUGUGUAGUCUCCGUAGAUCAUGUUGAAGGACUUUCUGAUUGUUCAGGCCCUUAAUGACUUUCCAGAGCCUAACGUCUCUGACAAAUAUCACCUUGCCGCAAUCCGGUUCCCCGAAGGCUGUCAUUAACUCAAAGGAUGAAGAGAAAGGGACGGAGAACGGAACCCUGAGAAACACCACCGGUCACAUCCACCCAGUCCGAUUUAGCCUUUCCGACAUAGACGUGUUGUCGUCGACCAAUCAGAAAUGCCUUUAUCCAGUUCAGAAGUUCUCUCCUGAUACCGAGGGCGCUCAGUUUACAUAAAACGCCUUGACCGGGAACACUGUCAUAAACUUUGCGGAAAUCAAUAUACAACACAUCUACUUCGAAGUCAUCUGCUUAAGCAGCGGUCCAGAUCUCAAAUGAAGGUAGCAGGUUUGAGAGGUGGGAACGCUGCCGCUGAAAAAAAACCGUAAGAGGCCAUUUUCACCACAAAAUUACAGCAUUACACGCUUCCCGUGGACGUCCAUUGUUUUGAGGGAAAGGCAAGUCAAGCUUGUAGGCCUAAGGCUGCUUUCCGGUAUCUUGGCAGCCUUCCAAUGAGAAAGCAAACUCCCGAUUCUCGUUGAUAUCUCAAGGGGAGAUGAAAGAGGUGUUGUGAGCUCUGCCGAUAGUUCCUUAAGUGUCAGUCCAGGAAUCCAAUCCGAUCCAGAAGACUUGUCUGACUUAAUUUGACCGAGGAGCCGCCUUGUUUCUUCGACGGAAAAUGCAAUGGUUUAAGUGGCGGCAAUAUCCUGGCCCAUUUCAAAUUCGGAUUGUCUUCGGGUGAUCCCACCGUACACACCGAUCGAAAAAACGGGAACAAUAGUUGUAUUUUCCGCGGUCCUUCAGUUAAUACGUUUCCGAGCACUUCCUUUGCGCUCACAGCUUCGUUCCGGCGCUCACUUUAUGCUUUCAAAGUUGUUAUUUAUUACCAUAGAUAGUGGAUCUAUGUAGCGGUGUCGGUUGGCCAGUGAUUGGCAAUCGUUCGCAAAUUUCGACACAUUUCAUGAGUUAGGCCACGUACUGUACAAAAAAUCUGCUUCGAAUCCAUCUUUUAAAGCAUUGGUGCCGAUCUUAAGGGAAGCCAUUUCCGCCACAAAAGUGUACCCAAAACACUUAUUGGGACGUAUUAACGCCUCUGCUGUUAGUUGACACUCAAAGACGGUUCUAGCAAUCCGUAUCUUCUGACGGUAUUCAUUUCGUUUUUCUUUAUACUCGGCAAAUGAUAUGGGAUCUUGAAGAUGCAAGUACUUUUCCACUGUCUCUGUUGCUUCAACAACGAGGAGACCACUUCGAAAAAAAGACGCUGCUUUUUUCAUCCGGGGUUCUCUAACGUCGAUAUUUGGACAAACACCUCUUUAAAUAAGCGUUACUUGAAACGGCAUAUGCUUGGAUCCAGCCUUCCUGAGGCCUACAGACAGGCCACCCAAUAAUAGCUUUGAAUUUCUGUAAUAAGUAUCAGGAGACGGGAGCGUAAGCGACUAGACCAUCGGAAGUUGUCAUUCAGUCGGCGUGUGGUUCGACCACGGAACUCACUCCAACGUGAAAUAGCGACAUCUGACACAAUGGUUGUAGUCAAAAGACAGUUGGAUCGUUUGAUCUUUGAUAAACGACAACUCUCUCUGCGGAACUGUCUGCGACCAACCAUGAACAUUAUUUCCAGAUUUCACUCCCUAUAAUACACAUCCCUGUAACAUUCGCAGUUCUUAACCGCAUAAAUGUUUUGUAAACAAAUAUAUUACUAGCAAAAUUCUAGUAACAUGUGUGUCUAACAUGAAUUUUACAUGCACUGUUUUCAAUAGGGUCAUCAAGGACAUUGCCUAUUACCCUAAAUGUGCUAUCCUGCUACAUAGUCAUGCCCACUCUCAGCCGCCUUCUGGCUGUUUGUGAAUGCAGAAAUUCAGGGCUUGACGACACGAAUAAUCCCAGCACACUGUAUGUCAUUCUCAUGUAGCAUCCGUAUCACCUUGUAGCUCACGACAAAUCGACUGGCUAAUAUCCUGGGCUUGUUCUUCUGCGGCCUGACGCCCGUCGCUCUGGCAGUCGCAAAAGACCUCAGCAGAGAACGUGAGGUCAAACACAAGAAGGCCAUCCUUGUCAGAGCCUCAUCCACGCCGAAGGUUCCGUGGACACAGAAGAUGAGGGAAAUCCUCUCGUGA